AAUCCAACCAGUCAGUAGAGACAUCUAUUGGAGAAUUCAAGAAAUACAAUCAUAUAAAGGGAAAUAACUUCUACACUACUUCAACCAAGCUCCAAUUAUGAAUUAAGGUGCUUAAUUACCGAUCACGACUCGCAGUUUGUAUCUGAACACGGAGAUAUUUCCAUUUAAAAGAAGAUUAUCUGCAGAGGAUACUGCAAGUCUGCUGUGUUAGGGUAGAGAGAUUUAUCAACCAAUUAAUGUCUUCAGAAUAAAACUAAAAUUUAACAAAGAAAAUGUUUCAGAAAGUGAGCAAACGUUACAAGUGUGGUAUUUGUGGUAAAUUACUUACUACAAUGUCUAAUUUAGUUAUUCACAGGCGCACUCAUACUGGGGAGAAGUCGUACAACUGUGAAGUAUGCAAGAAAGCAUUCUCUGUAAAAAGUUUAGUGAUACACAAACGCACGCACACAGGAGAGAAGCCAUUUCACUGUGAAAUAUGUGGAAAAUCAUUUUCUCAUAAAGGUUACUUAAAGAUUCACAAACGUGUUCACACUGGAGAGAAACCAUUUCAGUGUGAAAUCUGUGGAAAGUCCUUUUCUUAUAAAGGUUAUCUAAAGAUACACAAACGUGUUCACACUGGAGAGAAACCAUACAACUGUGAAAUCUGUGGCACAGCAUUUUCAAUAUUUAAGAGUUUACAAUAUCAUCAACUUAUUCACACUGGAGAAAAACCAUUUCACUGUGAAAUAUGUGGAAUAUCAUUUUCUGAUAAAGGUUACAUAAAGAUUCACAAACGUACUCACACUGGAGAGAAACCAUACCACUGUGAAAUAUGUGGAAAAUCAUUUUCUCAUAAAGGUUACAUAAAGAUACACAAACGUGUUCACACUGGAGAGAAACCAUAUCACUGUGAAAUCUGUGGCAAAGCAUUUUCUGUAUUUAGUAGUGUAAAAUAUCAUCAACUUUCUCACACUGGAGAAAAACAAUAUGAUUGUGAAAUAUGUGGAAAAUCAUUUUCUAGUAAAGGUUACAUAAAGAUACACAAACGUACUCACACAGGAGAGAAACCAUUUCAUUGUGAAAUCUGUGGCAAAGCAUUUUCGCUGUUUUGUAGUGUAAGAAUUCAUCAGCUUAUUCACACUGGAGAAAAACAAUUCCAUUGUGAAAUCUGUGGCAAAACAUUUUCUCAAGUUGGUAAUUUAUCAAGACAUAAGCGUACUCACACUGGGGAGGAAACAUACAAGUGUGAUGACUGUGGGAAAGCUUUUUCUACUGCAAGUGCCUGUGAAAUACACAGAGGUGUGCACUCAAAACCUUACCACUGUGAAAUCUGUGAUAAAGCAUUUUCUAUAAAAUACUCUUUAACAAUACACAAACGUCUUCAUACUGGAGAGAAGCCAUAUCCUUGUGACAUAUGUGGGAAAGGGUUUACAAACAGAGGUACCUUAAUGAGGCAUAAACAUAGUCACACAGGAGAAAAACGACACCACUGUGAAAUCUGUGGGAAAGCAUUUCCUCAAAAAUAUGGACUAACAUUACACAAACGUAUUCACACAGGAGAGAAACCAUAUCGGUGUGAAAUUUGUGGAAAAGACUUUUCUGAUAGUAGCAGCUUAAAAAGUCACAAACGUAUUCAUACUGGAGAAAAACCGUACUCCUGUGAAAUCUGUGGGAAGGCAUUUUCUGUAAAUGGUAGUUUAAAAAGACACAGACGUACUCACACAGGAGAGAGACCAUAUCACUGUUUAAUAUGUGGACAAAAGUUUUCACUUAAGACCAGCUUAACAAUACAUAACCGUAUUCAUACAGGAGAAAAGCCAUAAAUAAUGUGAGAUAUGUGGGAAAGCAUUUCUGAAAAAUCUGUCCUAUUAUUUCAUAAAUGCACUCAUCCUGGUUAAAAACCAUAUCACUGUGAAGUUUGUGGGAAGAAAUUUUCAUGUAGUGGCAGGUUAAAAAAACAUACACACACUGGCAAUCUGCAAAAUCUGUGGCAAAACAUUUCCUAAAUUGAGGUGUUUAAUAAGACACAAGCGUACUCAUACUGGGG